AUGCCUUCGCUAUCUGGAAAUAUAACAAAUAGAUAUUCGCACCUAACUACUCUCUCUCUCUCUCUCUUUCUCUCUCUCUCUCUCUCUCUUCCCCCUGUCUCUUUCUCUUUCUCUCUCUCUCUCUUCCUUUCAUUCUUUCUUUUCUCUCUUCCACUCUCUUACUUUACUAAACUUACUCUCUCUUUUACUUUCUUUCUCUUCCACUGUCAAGUCUGUCUCUCUUUUCUCAUUUAUUCUUUCACUAUCACUUUCUUUCUCCUCCACCCUUUCUAUAAUUAUUACACUGUGCAUCGAAGUUCAUCUGAAACUACAUUUCGUGUGAAUCAGGCGAGGCUUAGAAGGAAAAGAGUUCUCGUACUUGCAAGAAUAAAAAAAAAAGGGGAAAAAAAAGAAAAAAGAAAGGAAGAAAGAAAAGGGCAACAAUGUUUGCUCUCUCUCUCUCUCUCUCUCUCUCUCUCUCUCUCUCUCUCUCUCUCUUCCUUCCCGUUGUCCAAGUGA